GUGAGCCAACCGGAAGUCGUCGUUGUAUUGAAUAGCGGCGUAGUGCGAACGGAUCCAAACACUUAUCUUCCUCUCCUACCGUUGCUCUUGAGCUCUGUACAUUUAGUCGAAGCCUGAGGGACUCUUAAUCUGAGCGAGAAUGACCGACAGAUACAACAUCCACAGUCAGCUGGAGCAUCUCCAGUCUAAGUACAUCGGCACAGGACACGCCGACACCAGCAAGUGGGAAUGGCUGGUCAACCAACACAGAGACUCUUACUGCUCCUACAUGGGACACUUUGAUCUGCUGAACUACUUCUCCAUCGCUGAGAACGAGAGCAAAGCGCGUGUCCGCUUCAACCUGAUGGAGAAGAUGCUUCAGCCGUGUGGACCCCCAGCAGACAAACCUGAUGAUGCCUAGAUGACACUGGAGUGAGCCGUGGAUGUGUUUUUAUAGGAUGUUUGUUUUAUGUUGGACAUUCAACUCUAUUUUCGACUGAACAUAUUCAAUACUGUGCUCUUUUGGAUUUUCUGACGCUGAAAUUGACCUUGUAUGACCCUGCCAACUCUGAAUGAAUUGUCCGGUUACACAACAGGAGAUAACCGGACACAGAUUGUUACAUCGUUUGCAGCCGGACCACUGAGAAACACUGUUUCCUGCUCUGUACAGCUCUGCAGCUGUUAGGGAAAUUAGCAACAAAGAUGAAAGAAAGGAGCGCAAGGAGGGCUUCAGGAUAUUAACAUUUAUCAGAAAAGAUAAUAGAAAACCAAGUGUUGAAGUGUCACCUGUAAAGAAUUUGUAUGAACUGCUGGAGCUGUAUUCUUGAUUGGAAUUUCUGAUUUGAUUCAAUUAAAAUUAAUGUGUUUCCAUUUA